AUGCCUCGGAACGUAUGCAUUUCAGCUGCUGAUGGCAAUACUGGCUUUGCUAUCGCCGACCUACUUCUCAGUGAGCCUUUCUCCACCAAAAUCGACUCACUUACUGCUCUAGCCUUGGAUCCGACGUCUAGCAAAGCUAAAGAGCUUGGUAAGCGAGGUGCCAAAGUCAUAAAACACUCUCCAGGUCGCGAGAAAGCCAUGAGGAAGACGCUGCAGGAUACCGGAUGUGACACCAUCUGUCUGAUUCCCCCAGCUCACAAGGACAAGCGGGAUAUCUCGGUUGAGCUAAUUACCGCGGCGAAAAAAUCGGGAAUCUCCAAUGUUCUCCUUGUUAGUUCCGUGGGUUGCGACUAUGCGGAUCCCAGAACGCAACCACAUCUACGUGAAUUCAUUGAGCUAGAGAACUUGACACUAGCUAGCAAAGGGGACGCGUCCACUGAGCUUGGACACUCGCCAUGUGUCAUCCGGGCAGGUUUCUACGCUGAGAACCUCUUGCUAUACGCCCCGCAAGCCAAAUCAGAGGGUGUUCUUCCGCUGCCAAUUGGCAAAAAUCACAAAUUCGCACCAGUGGCAUUGGGUGAUGUUGCAUUCGUCGCAGCUCAAGUACUGAGCGGCAAAGGCGAACAUGGCUUCGAUGACCGACACCGUGGGCAAAUGAUGGUUGUCACCGGGCCAAUGCUCUGUGCAGGAAAGGAACUUGCUGAAGCUGCAAGUCAGGCUCUGGGGAGCGAACUGGAAUUCGAAGACAUUUCAGAAGCUGAGGCCAAGAGGGUUCUUAAGAAACAAUCUGAGAGUGACGACUCGGAGCAACAGUACAUCCUGGAAUAUUACAGUUUGGUCCGAGAGGGCAAGACAAACUACAUCAGCACCACAGCGUUCCAUGAUGUUACAGGUGAACAUGCAACGGAGCCUACCGACUUUUUCAAGUUGUACUCUGGGGAGUUUAAACGCGGUAAUGCAAACAAGCGCCAAAAACUGCACCAUUGA